GCAAGAAUCGCUAAUUCCAACCAUUCACAUUCUUCUAGAAGCAGAAAGCCAUCUUAGCAAUUUAAAAACAAGAUGAAACAAGCUACCCUUUUCUCCCUUCUCUUCCUAGUCUUAUUUUUCACCACCUUAACCUUAGCCUUUGCCAUUUCACCAGCACCAGCAGCAGCACCAAAAGCCCCAACAAAACCUCACCCUACCCCAAAAGCCACAGCACCAUCACCAAAACCAUUAGUCCCAACAUUACCUGAGUCCCCAGAUUCCCCAGACUCAGUCCCUGAUGACAUCACAAGAAUCCUCAAAAAGGCCAAAUCAUUCACAGUCCUAACGCGCCUCCUCAAAACCACCGAAAUCAUGAACAACAUAAACUCACAACUCAUAACAGCCAAGAGUGGAGGCAUCACCAUCCUUGCACCAGAUGAUUCAGCCUUUUCCCAACUCAAAGCAGGGUUCCUUAACUCUCUUAACGAAGGCCAAAAAAUCGAACUUGUGCAGUUCCACAUCUUACCCGAGUUUGUAUCAAGCUCAAACUUCGAUUCUCUUAGCAAUCCAGUUCAAACCGUAGCUGGUAAAGAUCCCGCAAGGCUUCCACUGAACGUGAAUGCAUUAGGAAACAGUGUGAACAUUUCAACUGGGGUGGUUAAUGCCACCAUUUUAGGGGUAGUUUACUCGGAUAAUAAGCUUGCUAUUUACCAUGUGGAUAAGGUGCUUCUUCCCCUUGAUUUCUUUGUAACUAAGGCUCCAGCUUUGGCUCCAACCACUCUUGCUAAGGCUCCUAAAGCUGCUAAAGAGAACUCUUCUGAGGAUGAUCAAGAUGAAACAAACCACGAUCACCAGAAAUCUGGUUCUGUGGGUUUUGUUAACGUUCGUGGAACAACGUUGGUGUCUCUUGGGAUGUGUUUGGUGGCCUUUGCAACUAUGUGGAGUUGAAGAAGAACAUCCAUUUCAUAAAUGCAUUUUCAGUUUUCUAUGUCAAACUCGCCGUUAAUUUUUUUUUUAAUUUAAAUUUUGCUGUCUGUUUCUUGUGUUUUGGUGUUACGAGAAGGACGUGAAUCCUCAAUCCUUCAAUGAUUCUGUUGUUUUC